UAAUAUAAGUGUAGCAGCCUGCGUUUUACAAGUUGGAAGACAUCUCUCCAAGAUGAAGAGCUUGGCUGUCGUGCUCUUGGUGGCGGCAACCCUCUGUGUGGAGAGAGCUUUGUCGUUGUCGUGUUACAGAUGUGAAAAUGUAAAAUUUCAUCAGAACUGUACACAACACCGGUGCUCCGAUAUGGACCAGUACUGCGUAUCCUUGUACAGCGAGUCUCCUGGCAAGGACACUUUCAUCAGCAAAUGGUGCUCUGCAGUGUGCCCCACAGUCUACACUGAAAUCAAGGGGGCCAAGACAGGAUUUAAAUCUGCCUGCUGCAAGACGGACUAUUGCAACAGCGGUGGACCCAGCAGCGUGAAAACCAGCUACGCCCUCAUGGCCACGGCCGCUUUGGCCAGCUUCUUCUGCAUCCUGCGGACAGGUUUCUGAUGGAGCAAAGAAAGAAGACCAUCUUUGGCUGUGCAUCUAUGGAAGACCAUGAGAGACCCCAACUUACAAAACCUGGCUUAACCGAGUCUUGUUCUGUGUACGAUAGGGAAUGAAUUGCUUUUCUGUAAUGUGCUGCCAUCAAAGGCUUUCCCGUGUAAAAAUACCUUUGUUCAAUAAACAAACGUCUGGGAGAAAACA